AGCUCCCGCCCGGUCCCCGCCCGCGAGCGCAUCCUCGCACGUGUGUGCAACCGUGAUUCACGUAUGUCGAGCCCCUGUGUGUGAGUUCCCGCCAUGGAUUACCCCUCAGACACGGCACGGGUCCAGAACAAUCGUAUGUGUUGUGAUUUUGGCCGAACCUGAUACCGAUGCAAGAAUUCAGGAUGUCCAUGGCUUAACCAUGAAGCAAGGGAGCUGAACUCUGUCUCGCAGGCCGUCUUUUUUCUUUAAAAAAGAUGCAGCAAGGUGUCCUAGUCUGUGUGCUGUUGCUUGCCUGCCACUCUAGACAAGGGGAUUCGUCGGCCUCAAGCCCGGAGAGCGAUGCGGGGGAGCGCGGGGCGCGGACGGAGCCCGGGACACCGCUCCUGCACAAAAACAACACGACCCCGCACCCACCCCCGCCGCCGACCGCACUCUUCGCGUCCUCGUCCAGCACGACGCACUCCCCGCCGCCGACGUCGGCACCGACCCCCAGGAACACCGCGUCCGCAGCGCCAACGCCCGCCAAAUCACCGUCGUCCGCCACUCCUCCCCCCUCCGCGAGCCGCAAAAGCCAAGCCCCCCUGCCUUCAACCACCUCUCCCUCGAAUUUUUCACACCCGACUUUUUCUACUUUCAACGAAUCUAGACUAGAGAGCACCCCGCUAGAAACGACGUCCGCGCUUUAUUUUGAUAAGCCCCAUAGGAAUCGGACGCUCGCAGCGGUGCGUCGAGUUAACAAAACGCUCAAGUUCAUAAAUAGGGUGAAAUCUGUGAGUACAAGUGCCAACGCCUCCAAGGGUGGGGUAAUUAAAGCAGAGGACGCGACCACCCUCGAGGGUUACAAGAGUCUAGUCUACCCCACGAAGGGGUUGACAACAACCCUCAACCCCACGGAGCGUCCGAAGGUCGUGCGGGGGAAGAAGCCCCACGCGUCGCAGGUGACCCAGGUGGAGAACCUCCGGCUGUCCCUGGGCGAUACGAGCGAGAUCCACGUCGGGCAUGACGUCAUCAGGAGUGACGCUGAGUUUCGGCACCAGAGUGACGUCAACAAGGCGCGGGUGGUGGUGAACCGCGUCAUCGCCGGCAACGACACGGCGAGCCAGUCGACGGCGAGGAACAGCGAGGUGAUGUCGCCGCCGCCGAGCCACGUGGACGUGUCCAAGCAUACGUCACCCAUCGCCGACGUCAACGACGCCGAGCGGAGGCAGAACCGGACGGAGAAGAACUGGCCGGCGCCGCAAGGUGGCGUUGUCUCCGAGUCGGUCCACGGAUCGCGCGACGACUACUACGAGUACUCAGAGUACUCUGACUUCCCGAUGAAGCACUUCAAUAUCUCAGGUUUUCGGGAGGCGGCGGUGAUCCCGGACCCGGACCUGCGGGACGACGAGGCCGGCGACGCGAUGGUGGAGUCCGAGCCGGAGAUCAUCCUGCCGGACGACAGUCUCGCCGACACGGACCUCCACGACCACGACCUCAUCGACUCCGUCAUGUACAUAUACUUCGGCGGCUCCCGCGAGGACGGCAGAGGCGCUGGCAGACAGGUGCUGAUCGUCGGAGCAGUGAUCGGUCUUGUGGCGCAGUUCCUGUCGCUGGCCAGCGCUGUUCAAAGAGUCCGAAGCUUCCCAAGGGAAGAAACAACUGUGAUUUUAUUACAUACACAAUUAGCUUUUACCGUUAGUAAUCUAGUCUUCAUGCUUGGAGUCCAGGCAACAAGUACCGCCGGACAAUGCGCGCGGGUCGCACUGGCGCUCCACUAUUUGCAUAUGACUGCAGGCAUUUGGCUCCUCGUCAACUGCGCUCAUGUUUGUCUCAGGAUAUCCGUCAAAUUGCGCCACGCUAUUGCCGCAUGGUGUCUUCCGCUUUUUUACGUACUGGGAUGCUUCAUUCUAAAUAGAAGGAUUUACGAGACUCGGAACUUUUGCUGGAUGUCAAUUCAUCGUGGGCUUCUCCUGUCUUUCGUCGCGCCUGCCUUCAUUUUCCUCACGGCGAAUACAACGCUCGGAGCCAUCGGAUACACCCGCUCCAAGUUCCAGUGCCAACAGUCACCGAGUGUGGACCGGAAAGCUCUUCGAGUAGCCGUUGUCCUUCUUCCAGCUUUCAUUUUCGACUGGUUUGUCGAAAUCGUCGCCUUGGAGAAAUCAUCGGCUCUCGUCUUUCCGCUACUUUUCGUCGCUAGCAAAGCCUUCAUUAACUGGUUCAUAUUCGCGUGUUGGCUGCCGUCGGACCAGUCGUGGAUGGACCUGGACGACGAGUACGACGAGGACUUCGACGACCUCGAGGACGAGAUGGCACCGGCAUUGGUGAAGCUCAAGUACAUGGCCGACGCGGAGGCCCAGGCCCACGCACACGAGCACAAAGGCAUGGACGAAUACAGGCUCCCGUACUACCACUACCCCGGCUACCCGGGCGACGACCUCCCCCACCUCCCGCUCCUCCACGAC